AUAGCUUAUGAUCAUCACAUUGCGCUUUGCUCUUCUUCUUAACUCAUUUGCUUACUGUGUAAGAGAGAUUGUUAGAAAACUCAUUUGCUUCUUCAAAGAAAACUAUAUUAAUUAUAUGGCCACCACUUUACAGAACCGUGGACUUGUGAGCUUGGGGAAGCGAGUUCUGAACCAAUUCAGCGGUGCAACUUCUGCUAACUCAUCUACCCUUUCUGCCUGGUAUAAUUUUGUACAUAUUUGGUGCAGGAGGGCGGUACACAUAUCAGUGUAUGACAAGAAUCCGGAGGAAUAUAUUUCGUCGGUACCUGAUGAAAUAAUCGGGGUGGGAUCAGACAAGUACUGGACUCCUCAUCCUCAAACUGGGGUAUUUGGGCCACCCACUCAUCAUAUUAUCUGCGGUGACCCUGGUUAUCCUGUAGACUCUGUCUUGGAACAGAUGGUCUUCUUUCGCGAUCGCGAGGAUCUGGAGAAGCCAACCUACUCUUAAGUUUCAAAAAACAUAUACUAGUAUGUUCACAGAAUAUUAUAAGUACUAGCUAGUAAUUGGAAAGGUGAAAGGUGUUUGCUGUGUUACUAUGAGUCUAUGAUAUGUCACAAUAUAUAAAUAAGACUGUCUCUCACCUCUGUACUGCUUUUAAAUGUUCAUAUGGUGUAAUAGAAAGUCUUGUCCUAUUAUUAUCAAGUGCUAUUAGUCCA